CGGCCUCCUGGAAGUAUUGGACGAACGCAUUCUUUCGCCACCCAGCCAAUAGUACUCAGCCAGCAGCCACCACACAUUUGGGCAUUGACUUGGUUGCAGAUAAAACUGCAAACCCCCCCAAGCAAGUUUGCCCAGCUGCUUCUAGUUCUAAGCAAUCCCCUUUACUUCGCAUUCUCUUCUCCAAAGUAGCAGCAGAGGUAUAGCCCCUCUGCCAAGGAGCUCUCCACAUUCCCGACUCAGUUUUAUUGUGUUCCAGACGAGCUAGGCAAGCUUCCCGCCAUGGCUGCGUUCCUUUUUAAGCUGGCUGCCAAGCGCGCCUUGCAGGACAAGAUGAAGAUGAAUACCAAUUCACAGGAUCCCUUCUACGACUAUGAAGAGAUCGAGGUGCACAAAGGUGGCAAGACCGAGAUCAUUUACAAAAAGAAGGGGAAGAAGCCGAUUCCCAAAGGUCUGAGCAAGAAUGAUGCGCAGGUCCUUAAAGGGGUCCGCAGCCGUGCCUAUCAUCUCGACAUGAGCCUGUUCAGUUUCUGUGGCAUCAGGUUCGGUUGGAGUUCUGUCAUCGGCCUAGUCCCUGCCAUUGGUGAUGUCCUGGACGCGCUUAUGGCCCUGAUCCUUGUCAAGAAAUGCAUGAAAGUUGACGAUGGCUUGCCGCUGGCAAUUUUAUCCCGCAUGGUUUUCAAUAUCUUGGUGGAUUUUGUCAUUGGUCUCGUUCCCUUUGUAGGGGAUAUCGCCGAUGCGGCCUAUAGGGCCAACAUUCGCAACGCAUGGUUGUUGGAGCUCUACCUGGUCAACAAGUACGACGAGAUGAACAAGCGUGGAAUAUCAGAUCCCGCAGAUCUCGAAAAUCAACCAUCUUCAUCUGCCGCAACUGCUUCAGUCGCCCCACCUAAGCCAGCCAAGAAGAAGUUCUUUGGCCGUGGAGGUGAAACCGUCGACACCCCUACGCCUGCUGAGGGUCGUACCCGUCGAGACCGCAUAUGAGGAGAGAAAGGUGCUGGUUUAGUUGCGUGGGUUUGCGUUGUUUUUGUCACUGUUUGCAGCGGGCAUUGAUGAUAGUUCAUGAUUGAAUGCCCAUUUCUGAUGUUAGAGAGACGCAUCAGCAGUUUGUCUUGUAGUAUUGGUACUUAAUGUUCAUAAUUUAAUGCAAGCAUGAUCAUGUUCUCAAAACGCUAGAGAUGUCCAUGACGGCGCUCAGACUUUUGGUGCUUCCUAUCCGCUCAACCGUCCCAUCUAGCUUCC